GAAAAUUGUUCGACAGUCCAAAGAUUCUUUACUAAAAGAAUCCAUAUAAAUAAAUAAACAACUAAAAUUCUGUAUAAAUAAACGGCCAUUGUCUCUAAAUUAUUACUGCGGGUCAACGCACUUGCGAAAUAAUCUCAAAACUGCAAGAAAACCUGUUUAGGUAUUUUAUGUCUAAUAAAAUAGACUGAUAAACCUUGGGACUGGGAGAUCAAAAACCUAUUCAAAACUGAAAUUUGAAUUUGAGCGCGAACAAGGUGAACGAUCCGAAACAAUAGAGUUCGUUUUAAAGCAAUAUAAAAUAUAAUUUAUUUUCACAUAUAGUUUUGAAUGCAAUAAACAAAGAUGGCCUGCAAAAACGUGUAGGAAAAUCUUCAAUAGAUUAUUUUUAUAAUGAAAGAAACAAACUAAUUAAAGCGCAACGAACAAGGAUAGAUAUUGAUUUACCCGUUCGACAAAUAGUAAAAGAAUAUCAUGUAAAUGAGUGAUCUGACGCAAGCGCAGUGGUUCGAUUUCAAUACUCUGCCAAAAACACCAUCGCUUCGCUUCUAGGACUUGUAAAAUGUUCCCAGACAGAAACGAAAAGUGAUAGUUUCUGACUGAAUCUGUGCGAAUAUGGACGGUGAUAAUUCGGCCGGCGAAGGUGAUUCCAGUCUGGCUAAUGGAAGUUCAGCUGUAAACGGUCUAAACGGAUAUUCGGACAACUCUAAAUCUGAUCACAAAAGUUCGCACAGAGAUAAGGACAGGGACAAGCAUAGAGACAAAGACAAGCAUAAAAGUAAAGAUCACAAGUCCAGUAGGGACAAGGACCGCGAAAGAGAAAAAGACAAACAUUCCAGUUCUAAAGACAAAGACAGGCACAGCAGUUCCCACAAGUCCUCUAGUAAAGAUAAAGAUAAGGAGCGCGAGAAAGAUAAAGAUAGGCACAGGCAUCGAGAUGAUAAAGACAAAAAAUCAUCAUCAUCAUCUAGUUCCAAAGACAAGGAUAAAGAGCAUAGAAGUUCCAAGGAGCAUAAAUCCAGCUCAUCAUCUUCUAAAGAUAAAGAAAGGGAAAAAGAUAAAGAAAGGGAAAAAGAAAAGAGAGAUAAAGAAAGAAGAGACAAGGAAAAGUCAAAGGAUAAAGAUAAGAAGCAUAGUUCUAGCAGUAGCUCAAAAGAUAAGCACCGGGAUAAAGAUAGACAUCAUUCCAGCAGCAGCAGUUCCAAGGAUAAAGACAGAAAAGAUAGAGAUAAGGAUAGGAAGGAGAAAAAAGAUGAUGAAGUCGUCAAGCACAAAGUUGAAGAAGAAAUUAAACCACUUGAGAUGAAACAAGAAGAUACCCAAAGGGACCAUUCUAGCAGUGACGAUGAUGAUGACAAGCUGGUAAUCAAGGAUGAGAGUCAGGAUGAAGCUGAGACAAAUAACAUGUCUCAAGCUUCCAGCUGCGACUACAACUAUUCGCAUUUUGAUAAAAAUGAAACUAAUUUCUCUGAAGGUGAAGAUGUCGAUAUGGAAAAUACAUCUCAGGACAAUUUCAAGGAGGAAGUUAAAGAGGAAGUAGACAGCGAUGAGGAUGUUCCUUUGUCAUCCAGAGUGAGCAGUAAACGCAAAAUUGAUGAUGACGAUGAUGAAGAUGAUGACGACGAGGACGUGCCUCUCAACGCCAGGAAAAAAGUUAAAAAAGAAAAAAAGAAGAAGAGGCGCGAAGAGGAAGAUGAUGAGGAGGAAGAUUUUAAGCCCAAAAAAAAGAAGGUGAAAAAAGAGAAAAAAGAUAAAAAACCAUUGCAGCAAGUGAAAAAAGAGGAAGCAAGUCCAACUAAAAGAGGCAAAAAGAAGAAGGUAGAGGAAGAAGUUGAAGUAUGGAAAUGUGGAAUUAUGCGAAAUUCACUACUUUUAUGGUUUAAUUUAAGAAAUUUAAUUAAAAUAAAUCGGACUUGUUCAAAAAACUGUGAUUCUCUAGUGCUGAAAAGACAAAUUCAUUAUAAAUUCCAGUACAAAGAAAAAAGUCGGGAUUCGGAUCAAUUUCAGAGCACAGUAAAGCAAAUUGAUGGCUUGAAACGUCUCAAUAUAAAUGAUUUUUCUCAUAAUGUGCCUGAGGUACAUUAUAAUUUAAAAGAAUUUAGGGAAAUUUUAGAUUUAGAAGAGAUUGAUUUGGGGUUACCCAAGAGGAAACGAAAGUCUCAAAGUCAUGUCAAAUUCUAUUACGAUGGCAAAGAAGUAAAACUCAGCGAGGAAGCUGAAGAAGUUGCUGGGUUUUAUGCAAAAAUGUUAGAUCACGAUUAUACAACCAAAGACGCGUUUAAUAAAAACUUUUUCCAUGACUGGCGGGAAUGUAUGAACAAGGAGGAAAAGAAACUUAUCACUGACCUUAAGAAGUGCAAUUUCAAAAAGAUGCAUGCUUAUUUCAUGGAACUUGCUGAAAAAAAUAGGAAUAAGACCAAAGAAGAGAAGGUGGCCUUGAAAGAAAAAAAUGAGGCAUUGGUUAAGGAAUACGGAACUUGUGUUAUUGAUGGACAUAAAGAGAAAAUUGGGAACUUUAGAAUUGAACCUCCCGGUCUCUUCAGGGGUCGAGGUGAACAUCCAAAAAUGGGCAAAUUGAAAAGGCGAGUAGAAGCAGAAGAUAUAAUUAUCAAUUGCGCUAAAGGCUCCAAAAUCCCUGAGGCUCCAGAAGGUCAUAGAUGGAAGGAAGUGCGGCACGAUAACAAAGUAACUUGGUUAGCUUCGUGGACAGAAAACGUACAAAACCAAGUAAAAUACAUUAUGUUGAACCCCAGUUCCAAGCUGAAAGGAGAAAAAGAUUGGCAAAAGUACGAAACUGCUAGGAAACUUCAUCAAAAAGUUGAUAAAAUUCGAGAAAAUUACCAGGCUGACUGGAAAUCUAAAGAAAUGAAAAUUCGUCAAAGAGCUGUUGCUUUGUAUUUUAUUGAUAAGUUAGCUCUGAGAGCUGGUAAUGAAAAGGAUGAAGAUCAAGCAGAUACUGUGGGUUGUUGCUCUUUACGAGUUGAACACAUAGAGCUUCAGGAGGAAAAAGAUGGCAAGGAUUAUGUAGUCAUCUUUGACUUCUUAGGUAAAGAUUCCAUAAGGUACUACAACGAAGUACCAGUGGAGAAACGAGUAUUUAAAAAUCUUCAACUAUUUAUGGACAACAAAAAAAAAGGAGACGAUCUAUUUGACAGACUGAACACUCAAAUCAUGAAUAAACAUUUGAAUGAUUUAAUGGAAGGGUUAACUGCCAAAGUUUUCCGUACUUACAACGCAUCCUGGACGUUACAACAGCAAUUAGACGAAUUAACUAAUGAAGAUGAUAGUUUGGCCGAAAAAAUUCUAUCAUACAACAGAGCCAAUAGGGCAGUGGCUAUUUUGUGUAACCAUCAAAGGGCCGUGCCGAAAGGACAUGAAAAAUCUAUGGAAAAAUUGAAGGAAAAAAUUGACGCGAAAAGGGAUCAAGUUAAGGACGGCGAAAGACAAGUGAAGGAUGCUCAAAAAGAGGCCAAGCACGGAAGUGUCAAGGAAAAAGUGAAUUACGAUAAGAAAAAGAAAAUGUUGGAAAGGCUGCGAGAUCAGUUGGCUAGACUUGAGAUUCAGGUAACUGACCGAGAUGAGAAUAAAACCAUCGCUCUUGGCACUUCAAAAUUGAAUUAUCUGGACCCAAGAAUAUCGGUGGCCUGGUGCAAAAAGUACGAUGUCCCAAUCGAAAAAGUGUACAACAAAACUCAAAGAGACAAAUUCAGAUGGGCCAUUGACAUGGCCGGACCAGAUUACAGAUUUGAUUUGAUUAAGAAAAAGUAAUGAUCAGUUUUAAGUUUAAACAAAAGUUUAGUGAAAACUUCAUGUAAAAAAGUCAUCACACCGACAUUAUAAAUAUAAAUUCCAUUUUAUCAAUUAAUUGAUUUAGGCGUACUUGUAAGAUGUGAUGUGACAGUGAGUUAUUUUUUUUUUUGAAACUGUUUAGGAAUGUUGUUUUGAACAACAGUGCAUAAAUGACCAUUUCGUUGUUGAAUGGUUUUCGAGUAUUGGAUUUCUUUUUUCUCCAUUAACUUCCCCAUAGGAACCACUAUUAUAUACAAUGUUUUAAAUUUUAUUUAAAUUUUUACAAAUAUCCUGAAUGUGUGUAUUAGAACGGGAAAAAUAUAGUCUCGAAGGGAGUUCAAUUGAAUUAGGAAAUUUUUAUUAAAUGAUUAAAUUUUAAGUAUUUUUUUUUUUUUGUUUUUUUAAACUGUGUAUAGAUUAUUUUGUAAUGUUUUUACAAGUCUCUGGGUCGGUUUUGCAUUGUAUUUUUGUCUAAAACGGACUGAUUUGAAUUUAGUUUUAC